GUUUGUUCAUAUCGCCACCACCCGUUUGGAGACCAUGCUCGGUGAUGUUGCUGUGGCUGUUAACCCUAAGGAUGAUCGUUUUACUUACCUUAUUGGCAAGGAGCUCGUCCACCCCUUCAUCCCUGAUAGGAAGAUGGUUGUCAUCGCUGAUGACUACGUCUCUAUGGACUUUGGUACUGGUUGU